AAAGCCUGUACAUAGAAGCUUAGUGUAAACACUAGUUUCCUUAUCUAAAAUACUGUAUAUCUUAUUCGCCGACUCUCGGACGCGAGUACGCAAGCGAGCGGAACAAUAUGUAUUUGGAAGGGUUAAUGAACGUAUAACAGUAGAAGUUCAAGAAUCAAUCAUCAAUAAUCAACGUUAACACAUACUAUGUUCGUACUAUGAAUUAAUCUAUUCAAUAGGUUUGGCCACUUUAAUUUGAUGACGUAAAUACAUAAAAGCCUACAUGUUAAUAUAAAGAGAUGAAGGAACAUAACAUUUAAUACGCAUAUACUGUGUUUUAGGAACGAAAUUAGUGCUAAAUAUUGCGUCAUAUGAUUUACACAAACCUCUUCUUUGAGAUCGCCUUAAUCUUGAUUGCCUAUGAAUCUAACCUUGCACUGCGAUGAUUUAUAAAAUUUUAUAGACUUUAAAUCAGUUUUAUCAUAAUGAAUUACAUUUACUUUAGCAGAAUAAAUAAUCCACUAAUGCGUCAAUGUAACUCGCUUAUAAAUAAAAAGCUACAGCUCCAAUAUGAGAUAGUCUACAACAGAAUUUUGUCGCACAAUAUUUGAUAAUCACUUGAACGUAAUAAAAUAAUACAGAAUGAAAACUUUCAUGAUUAUUGUAACUGUGUUGUCCAUUAUGGCGAUUAUUUAUGCUAAGAAACCAGUGAAUCUGGAAACAUUUAGCAGCAACUUUCGCAAGUGUUUUAAAGAGAAGAACGGAACAUUUAAAAACCGCGUUGCUGAAGCUAUUGUGUGUGCAGAAAAUAAAGAUGGAAACGUCUUAAAUGCGAAUGGCGAAUUUAUAAGAGAAAAUGCCUUGAAACAACUUGAGAACAAUAUCUCCGACCCGAACAAAUUACAAACGAUGAAAGCGAUCUAUAACAAGUGUCACGAUAAAGCGGAUCGAAGCAGAGUCACCGGCCAUGAGCAGGCGAUAAAAAUUGUCAACUGCCUUUUUCCAGUUUUCACCUUCUUCUAUAAACUAUGAAUGGUUGUUUAUGGUAUCAAUAUCAGAGAGAUAGAAAAAUUAUCUGAAUAAUUUACGCAAGUGCGUCGAGGAGAAAUCAUAAUAGGUAAAUAAAUAAAAUCCUAAAAAGAACCUGAUCAAUAAAACAUUAUGAAAUAAUAUAUUAGGAUAAUACAUUAAGAUCCUAAUAUAUACCUAAUCAUUAUAAACUUGCAAAGGUCUUCCUUACUCAAUUUUUAUCAGUACAUGACUAGGUUUAUCAUAGUAAGGAUAACCUUGCGAAUCCCUAGUUAGGACCUUAUACAUUUCAGGUAUACCUGAUGACAAUUUCUAAUCGGGAAUGUUCGAUCUGU